AUGGCUCUGCCUGAGCGCCAAAGGCGUCGAUCCGGUGUGUCCAUGGCCGCUAUUUUGGUUGUGGCUUUGGCUGGAUUGGCGGUGUUGCCUUUGGCUUUUUUGACAGGCAAGUCCGAGCAGUCUACGCCGGAACCGGCGCGCCGCGACGCGGUGCUGGCUGCUGCGGCUGCAGUGGCGGCCGCGGCAGCGCCGUUCUCAGGGGCUCGGGCAGAGGCUCCGACGACUCCAGCGACGCCGGUCUUCGUGGACAGCGCUGUCUUCGAGCGCUUGCAGCACUUCAAGGACAUCGGCGUGCCCGCCACUUUACAGGACCCCAUUGCACGCGCGGCCAUAGCAGAUGGCACCUGCCGCUUGGUGGUGGCUCCUGGAUCCGGCCCUUUCCCUUUAGAUGGCUACGCCUUCUGGCACCACAACCCAGAGCGCGUGAAUGCAGUCCUGAAGGCUCUUGCUGAGUUGCCUUCCACAUCCCAGCCCUCAAAGUUUGUGCGGGCAGCAAGGAAGCAGUUGCCAAAUGCCUGUUUCUUCGGCCUCCGGACGGAGACUAGCAAGUUGGAUCUCUACCAGCCGGCUGCGUUGGCCAAGACACUCUCGAACUGGCAUCGGGCCCUGUGUGAUCCUCAAUGUGAUGACCCUGCGGAUGAGCCCCAACAGCAGGCCCUCACCACAGGCUUCAUCUGCAUGGCCGUCUGCGACACCGCGAAGAUGAAAUUCAGUGACGCUGCCAUCGGCGCCUUCUCGGCCAGCGUGGCCGCGACGCAGGCUGCCACGAAGAACAUGUGCGCUGCUAUGCCUUGGACCAUCACCCGGGGGCCGCUCACAGUAUUGGAUGGUCUCAAAUCCUACGACGCGAUCGCCACGGCCACUGCACCAUGGCGCAAAGUGUGCGGCUGUGCAUGA